UCUUCAGGUGGAGAACACCACGUUCGUGUUGACUUUGUUUAAAAGACAUAAUCACAUACAUAAUCAAUGUAAAGUUUGGCAUGACCAGGCAGACUGGCGCGUUGCCGUUUAUCCUAUUACGUGUUGGGACCGACUCCUCAGACUUGAGACACUUCAAAAGUCCGAGCUGGACACAAGGAAUUGAACGCACCGAUUAGCGCCGGAUGCUAACGGAACUAGCUCCGGCGCAGCAGCCGCAGGUGCGCGAGCCUCGCUCAGAAUGUCGGACUGGGAGGACGAGUACGACGGAGACGGAGUUGCCAUUUACAAGCCUGGCCGCCAAGAGCCGCCGGCGUUUUUCACCUCGACCAAACACCGAGUGAACCACGGUGACGACGUGGCCCGCAGAGCUCGGUUCGGAGAGAGCGGAGCGCCGAGCUCGGGCGGGAACCCGCUGGCCUUCACCGUGGAAGACGACGUGGUUGGUCGAAUCAUAGGUCGCGGAGGAGCCAAGGUCCGCGAGCUGGAGGAGAGCUCUGGCGCCAGAAUCAAGAUCACCAAGUGCUGCUCCGGCUCCGAGGUGGUCCUGAGCGGCCGCGCGUCCUCUCAGCUCCGAGCCAAGCAGAUGAUCCAGCAGCUCAUCUCUGAGGCAGCAGGACAGGACCACAGGAAGGUGGAGGUGGAGGUGGAGCGUCGUCAGAUCGACUGGAACGACAUCCGGCAAAACAAGGAAACCUAUGAGAAACUCAAGUGGAAAGACCUUCCGCCCCUGAAGAAGAACUUCUACAUCCAAGCCAAGUCUGUGUCUCUGCUCACGCCGGAGGAAGUGUCUAUGUGGAGGAAGGAGAACAACAACAUAUAUGUUGAGGACCUGAAGGAGGCGGGGGAGAAGAGACCCUUUCCAAAUCCCUGUCGCACGUUCCUGGAAGCCUUCGAGCUCUACCCCGAGAUCAUGGACAACAUCGAGCGCGUGGGCUUCGCCAGGCCGACGCCCAUCCAGUCGCAGGCCUGGCCGGUCCUGCUCAUCGGCGAGGACCUGAUCGCCAUCGCUCAGACCGGCACCGGGAAGACUCUGGCCUACCUGCUGCCCGGCUUCAUCCACAUGGACGGACAGCCUGUGUCCCGAGCGGAGCGGGGGGGUCCGGGCAUGCUGGUGCUGACCCCGACCCGAGAGCUGGCGCUGCAGAUCGAGGCAGAGUGCAACAAGUACAGCUACAAGGGCUACAAAAGUGUCUGUGUUUACGGCGGCGCCGACCGCAGGGGCCAGAUCUCUCUGGUCCGCAGCGGCGUGGACAUCGUGAUCGCGACCCCGGGCAGACUCCACGACCUGCAGAUGAACGAGCUCAUCAACCUCCGCUCCGUCACCUACCUGGUGCUGGACGAGGCCGACCGCAUGCUGGACAUGGGCUUCGAACCCCAGAUCAUGAAGAUCCUGCUGGACGUUCGCCCCGACAGACAGACGGUGAUGACCAGCGCCACCUGGCCCCACGGAGUGAGACGACUGGCCAAGUCCUACCUCAACGAUCCCAUGAUGGUCUACGUGGGCUCCCUGGACUUGGCUGCGGUGAACACGGUGGAGCAGAUGGUGCUGAUCGUGCACGAGGAGGAGAAGAAGGCCUACGUGCUGGACUUCAUCAGGAACAUGGAGCCUCUGGACAAAGUCCUCAUCUUUGUGGGGAAGAAGCUGGUAGCGGACGACCUGUCGAGCGACUUGUGUCUGCAGGGUCUGGCUGUGCAGAGCCUCCACGGGGACCGAGAGCAGUACGACCGGGAAGAAGCUCUUGAGGACUUCAAAGAAGGUCGAGUGCGGAUCCUGGUGGCCACAGACUUGGCGUCUCGAGGUCUGGAUGUGCACGACAUCACCCACGUCUUCAACUUUGACUUUCCCCGGAACAUCGAGGAGUACGUGCACCGAGUGGGCCGCACGGGACGAGCAGGGCGUUCGGGUGCCUCCAUCACCUUGGUCACCAGAGACAACUGGAGGAUGGCUGCCGAGCUGAUUUCCAUCCUGGAGAGGGCAGGGCAGGAGGUUCCUGAGGAGCUGGUCCUGAUGGCGGAGCGCUACGACAAGCACAGGAGAGAGAGGGCGCUAGAGAACCCGCGAGCGAGAGGAGGCGGGGGAGGACGAGGAGGUAGGAGGGGGGAUGGAAGGCGGGGGGGCAGCAAAGACUGGGGCUUCUUCUGACACCAACUGCCCUGCGACCUCGCUGGUCGCCCCAAGCCGCUCCAUUCAAGGUUGUUUGUUUGAGCACAUUAUCUUCUGUCAACUUUUCUGUUUCUUGUUAUUGUUUGCGUCUCUAAACUGGAACGUUUUCUCUUGUCAACAUUUCCAUACUGGGAACCGUUGAGUAAAUUUUCUUUAAAAGAGACGGGCGGCUUUUCCUUGCGCUCCAGUCCAGUGGAGGGAUGGCGGCUCUUCACCCGCGCCGCCCCCCCCUCGCCCUCUUGGCGCGGCGGCUUCUCUGGUGGGUUCCAGGCGAGCGUGGAAGAAGGAAGCAGCGGGGAGGCGUGGACUGACACGUGUUUAUUGUGGCCCGCGGGCAAGUGCCUUGAUACAAUAAGGUGCUGCAGCGAAUGUGUGCAAAGUUAGCAUUCAGCCAAUCAAAGUGCUUGAAGAAUCCCGCGCGGGAGGUUUGAUUUGGAAAGACAGUUGGUCACUUGAAAGGACUGGUUAAAGCGGAGGAAGCGCUACGGUGAACUACCUGGAGAAGAGACGUCACCAGCGUCCAACACGGCAGACACGAACACGAGAAGCAGGACGAGACGGAUCACUGAGCUCUACUGUGGCCACCACGAUACUAAGGAGCGCAGACGCUGGAGGAUCAGCUGCUGGGGGGGGACCGGGGAGUGUCUUUCCUUCGGAUGCUCUUGCGAUGCAUCCUGAUGAUUAACCAGUCUUUGAUGAUCAAGUUGAAGCAGCCGACGGUGGGAUGGAGUGGGAUGACUGAGGUCCUGCCCUGGGAGACCCUGGGGUCGGCAGAGGAGCACAACAUUCAUUUGUUCCUCUGGGCCUUCUGAGCCGACUUGGUGACUUUCCCGCUGCUGGACACCUUCUUCUCCACGCCCUUGAUCACGCCCACCGCCACCGUCUGCCGCAUGUCGCGCACCGCGAAGCGACCUGCACGACAACAGCACGACACGUGUCACGUUCUGAAGCGCCCCAGGACCGCUGGCCCCUCCUCGGCUGUGAGCCGGACCCGUCUGCCACUGUAGCUACCAAAUGUGUCCGACCUGCCGCGCAGUGAUGACGUCACAUCCGGCACAUACCAUCUCUUUUUUAUUUUACUGUUUCAGUGAGCCAGAGGAGAUUGAAACAAAGGAUUCCAAGGCCAU